AUGAAAAUCUUGGAGGCCAAUGUUUCUGCACUUACAAAUUUUGAGGUCCUUGAUUUCAUACGAGCUAAAGGAGCUUCGAAAGAUCCAACACGGGUUAUUGCCAAAGUAGCAAUGUCCGAAUACAAGGUUUAUGAUUAUUUAGUUAAUACUGCAGCUGGUAGUCAAACAAGAGAGAGCGUCAAAGAGUAUUUGACAAGUAUUAAAAAGCAUGAGCUGUCACAGGCUGAGGUUCUGAAUGUAUUAAACAUCAGACCAGCUGCUGAAGUUGAAUUGUUUCAUAUCAUAGAGGAUUGUACGGUCCGUUUUCCAGAUGAAGAGAUAGCAGAAAUAGUAGAAUUGGUAGAAAAAACAUUGCCAUCACCAUCUAACAAAGAGUCAUCAAAAGAAAUCUCUGAGGGUGAAGAAGAAACUGAAACACAGAAACAUGAAAGCAGUAAUGAGAUUAGUCAAGAUCAAACUGAAGAUGGAGAGCAAAUGGACACAAGUUGA